GAGUGGAGAGCAGCUGCCCCCGUACAGACAGCCCGGCAGCGGAUACUCGGACCGCCGUGGACCCCCUCUGAGUGGCUCCUGGAGCUCUUCCCCCCCCGCCGGCCCCCCGGCCCCGGGUUCAUCUUUUUUUGAUUGAUUUUGAUAUCGGGGUGCGUCGGAGAAUGCUCCCCGGAGUGGUGCUGCUGCUGUCCGCCUGCCUCCAGGUGCGCGUGCAGGGGAAGCCGCGCUCACAGAGCCCGGGCUGUGAUGACUUCGUGGGCCCAGGCCGGGUGGUGGAUAAGUGUGGUGUGUGCGGCGGCGACAACACGGCAUGCCGGCUGGUCUCAGGGCUGUUCCAGCACAGCCUGACCCGCGUCGGCUACCACAAGAUCCUGGAGAUCCCCCAGGGGGCGACCAAGAUCAACGUGACGGAGAUGCUGAAGAGCAAGAACUACCUGGCCCUCCGGAAUCGAGCGGGCCGAUCGAUCAUCAAUGGGAACUGGGCGAUCGACCGGCCAGGGAGGUACGAGGGCGGGGGCACCAUGUUCACAUACCGCAGACCCAAUGAGAUCACCAGCACCGCAGGAGAGUCCUUCCUGGCGGACGGCCCCACCAAUCAGAUCCUCGAUGUGUUUAUGAUCUACCAGCAGCCCAACCCAGGAGUCCAUUAUGAGUAUAUACUCCCCUCAGAGAGCCCAGCCAACCCCACUCACCCCGACCACAGCCCUGAUGGAAACACGGUCAACGGGCAGGGUGGCUAUAAUCACCACGGCAACACCCACCAGGAGGGCUACGACCCCGCUGGCGGGGGGCGGCCCCCCAGCAGUAUCCCUGACAACCAGGUCCCAGCGGUGCAGCCCCCCCGAAGCCAGAGGGAGUACAACUGGAGGCAGGCCGGGACCACCGAGUGCAGCGCCUCCUGUGGUAAAGGAUAUAUGUACGCCAUCUUCCACUGUGUCCACCGGCAGAACCACGAGGAGGUCUCGGACGCUCUGUGUGACAGCAGUACCAGACCCAGCCAGCAGGAGGAGCCCUGCAACACGCAACACUGCCCAGCAUUCUGGGACAUCGGCGAGUGGUCCGAGUGCAGUAAGACGUGCGGGCUGGGCAUGCAGCACCGCCAGGUGUUGUGCCGGCAGGUCUACGCCAACCGGACCCUGAACGUCCACACGGGGCGCUGCCGCCACCUAGAGCGCCCCGAAACCGCCAGCACAUGCCAGCUUAAGAUCUGCAGCGAGUGGCAGAUCCGCACCGAGUGGACCGUGUGCUCUGUGCCGUGCGGGCUGGGCCAGCGGUCCCGGGACGUCCAGUGCGUCAGUAACAUCGGGGACCUGGUGCCGGACGAGGAGUGCAACAUGAACCUGCAGCCCAGCGCCGUGGAGAACUGCGACAUGGGGGCCUGUGCCAAGAGCUGGUUCUACACACACUGGGGGGCCACGUGCUCCGCCGAGUGUGGGAUGGGCGUGCGGACGCGCGGAGUCCUCUGCCUGACCAAUCAGAUCAGCAGCCUGCCACUGGAGGGGUGUGGCCACGAGCGGCCGGCCGACUCCCAGGUGUGCAACAACGGACCCUGUGAGAGCAGCAUCGAGUGGUUCACCGGCCCCUGGAGCCAGUGCUCAGCGGAGUGCGGCGUGGGCAGCCAGCAGAGGGCGGUGGUGUGCCUGGUGAGGGCGGAGGAGGGCUACGCCGCCGCGCCCCCCUACGAGUGCUCCUCCCUGGACCGGCCCCUGGGCCAGCAGAGCUGCAACCUGGGGCCCUGCGGGGCCAAGUGGUACCACACCGACUGGAGCGCCUGCUCCAAGUCGUGUGAGGAGGGCUUCCGGCUGCGGGAGGUGCGCUGCCUGGCCGACAGCAUGCAGCCCAGCGACGGCUGUGAGGAGCAGGACAGGCCCCCGGAGAGGGAGCCCUGCAACCCGGAGCCCUGCACCCCCGAUAUAGACGAGAAGUGCAGAGACAAGUACUUCAACUGCAACGUGGUGGUGCAGGCGCGCCUCUGCGUGUACGACUACUACCGGACCACCUGCUGCGCGUCCUGCUCGCGGGUGGCCCACCGACACUCAGCCCCGCGCGGACACAGCUAGCCCGCCGCCCCGGCCCGUAGACCCCCGGCCCCCCAGGCCUGCUCUCCCUCCCCUGGGUCGACUGCAGUCCACCGGGGAGGGGGGGGGGUCCUCUGUGUCUGGCCUCUUUCCUUAAAUGGACGCCUCUCGUUUCUUGGUGCCAGAAAUAGGAUUUUAAGAAAGAAGAGCACGCUUGGUUGGUCGUGCAGCGACAGUGACGGACAUUUAGUUCACCUUUUUUGACUCGACGGGUCCUCGAGGGAGGGGGGGGCGGGGGGGAGAGGGGGAGAGAGGUAGGGCAGGCCU